UGAUACAAAAACAAAAGUUAGGAAAUUGGUGUUUUGCGCCACACCACACACUAAACUUCCCAAAUUACGAGGGCAAAUAUCAACAUCAACGGAGAUCAUAAUUCUCUCUCUAAUUUCGCACUCCAAAAACCUUCACCGCCGUCUAAUGGCGGAGAAACCCAAAGACGCCAAAAUCUCAGCUCCCGCUGCGGCUGCCAGCAGCGGCCAGCUGGAGACCAGCAAGGCUGAGCGACGCGUGUGGAUGAUGAAGUGCCCCCCCGUCGUCGCACGCGCCAUGCAGAGCAACACCCACCACCCCCCGCCGCCCUUCCCCUCCGACGCCUCCGCCGGCCAAAUCUUUGCUAAAGUCGUCGUCGCCGUCGAUCCACUGCACCCUAGCGACGACUUGUCAUCCACGCAGUUUACUAUGGAGUUGGCUGGCACUGGAGAUAGAAACUUGCCGAAGCUCUACUCAAUGGACAUGUCCACUGAUUUUGUUCCUAUGUCUGUAUUAUCUGAGUCAUCUCAAGGGAAGCCUUCUGUGGAGGGGACAAUCUACCAUAAAUUCGACAUGAAGCCUCAUUCUGAAAAUAUUGAAGACUAUAGAAGACUUUGCAGGGAGAGGACAAAUAAAUAUAUGACUAAAACCAGACAAAUAAGGGUCAUUGAUGAUGAUAGUGGACUCCGUAUGAGGCCCAUGCCUGGAAUGUUUGAUAUGAAGACCUCAGGGUCAACGGAGAAAAAAGCUCAAGCCAAGGGGUCGGAGACGAAAAGAACUAGAAGGGACCCUGAAGAAAUGGAGAAGAUCAUGUUUAGGCUCUUUGAGAAACAACCAAAUUGGACACUAAAACAACUUGUUCAGAAGACAGAUCAGCCUGAGCAAUUUCUCAAAGAUAUGCUCAAGCUUCUGUGCGUGUACAACAACAAGGGAGCCAACCAAGGAACCUACGAGCUUAAACCUGAAUAUCGGACAGAGGAGACAACCAAUGCUCAUUAAACUACAUCAUUUUGAAAGAUUGACAUGAGAUCCUUUUGAGAGAUUCUGGUCCUAGUUUAUCAGCAACUUUUUUGGUAUGGUGAUGUUCUCUGUGGUAAGUGGUAAAAAUCUUUUGACUUUUAAUAUUUAGUCAUGGAGAACCAUGACAUCUAAAUAUAUUGUUGCUAUCUUUGUGGAUUCUUUUAUUUACAUAAGAAAUAUCAUUCGUAUGUAUACCUAUCAUAUCAGUACUAA